CUACAGCGGUGGUUUUACAAGGCUGCAUCUGGAUCGAAUGCGAGGGAAAGUGGGGUGGAAGGCAGACAACGUGCCAUAUUCGACAGCCUUUAGGUUAUGACAUUUGACCGAGUUGAACGAAAAUACUGGUAACGGAUGCUAACAAAAAACGACGAGGACGGUGAUGUUUCCAGCGUGCUGACUGAGUGUGCGCAAACCAUUGCAUUCGCCCUCUCGUUGAUGAAGGACACUGCUACUCGUCACUGGGGACUGUAGAUGGAAGACACUACCGCUGUAGCGGGGGAGGCCGGGAGACGGGAUGACAAGGAGUCGGCCCUGGGCCUCACCCUACCGCUGGACGUCGCAGACAUGGACGCCAAGAAAGCUCAGAUAACAGAGAUGCCGUCUCCUACAAUCCAGCUGGGGCCAGGCCAGGAGAAGAAGAUAGGCCACCGGAGAGUAGACGCCUCUGGAGAAACCACCUACAAGAAGACCACCUCGUCUGCCCUGAAAGGUGCCAUCCAGCUGGGCAUCGGCUACACCGUGGGCAACCUGAGCUCCAAGCCUGAGAGAGAUGUACUGAUGCAAGACUUCUAUGUGGUGGAGAGCAUCUUCUUCCCCAGUGAGGGCAGUAACCUAACCCCUGCUCACCACUACCCAGACUUCAGGUUUAAAACCUACGCCCCUGUGGCGUUCCGCUACUUCAGAGAGCUGUUUGGGAUCCGACCGGAUGACUAUCUGUACUCUUUGUGUAACGAGCCUCUGAUCGAGCUCUCCAAUCCGGGCGCCAGUGGUUCCAUUUUCUAUGUGACCCGUGAUGAUGAGUUUAUCAUCAAAACUGUGGAUCACAAGGAGGCAGAAUUUUUGCAGAAACUACUUCCUGGAUACUACAUGAACUUAAACCAAAACCCACGGACCCUGCUGCCCAAGUUCUUCGGCCUCUACUGUGUCCAAUCAGGAGGCAAGAACAUCCGCAUCGUGGUCAUGAACAACGUCCUGCCCCGCUCCGUGCGUAUGCACCUCAAGUUCGACCUGAAGGGCUCCACCUGCAAACGCCGCGCAUCGAAGAAGGAGCGGGAGAAAUCCUGCCCCACGUACAAAGAUCUGGACUUCCUGCAGGAUGUCCCUGACGGACUGUCCCUCGACCAGGACACCUACAGCGCCCUGGUCAAGACCCUACAGAGAGACUGUCUGGUGCUGGAGAGUUUUAAGAUCAUGGACUACAGCUUGUUGCUGGGUGUCCAUAACAAGAACCAGGCUGAGCGGGAGCAGCAGUCCCAGGGCUCUCCCACAGGGGGCGAUGACAAGAAGCCAGCCCCACAGAGAGCCCUCUACUCUACUGCCAUGGAGUCUAUUCAGGGAGGGAAAGCAUGCAGGGACACACUGGACCACGAUGACACGAUGGGGGGUAUUCCAGCUGUGAUUGGCAAAGGAGAACGAGUUCUGCUCUUCAUUGGGAUCAUCGACAUCCUCCAGUCCUACAGGCUUAUCAAGAAACUGGAGCACUCCUGGAAGUCCCUUAUUCAUGAUGGGGAAACAGUGUCAGUCGUCAGGCCCAGUUUCUAUGCUGAGAGAUUCUACAAGUUUAUGAACACCACCGUUUUCAGGAAGAGCUGUUCUCUGCGGUCCUCCCCAUCUAAGAGAGGGCGAGGGGCACUCCCUGUGCCCAGACACAGUGCUCCUGGGGCAGGCUGGUCGGCCGGCCAGCAGCCCUCAGAGAGUGAGGAAAACCAGGAGAAUCUAGAGAACCUAAGGGGAGCUCGCUGCCUCCCCCAACUGGAGGAGGAGGGUCAUCCAUGCACUCCUCCCUCCUUUGAGGAUGCCACCACUGUGUCUAUUGCUACCACCCUGUCUUCUAACAACUCUCUCCCCACCACUCCCUUUGAUACACCAGAGCAUCCCCGCUACAGACGACAAACCCAUUCGCCUGGUGUGGUCAGGUCUCAGCAGGAAGUGGUGGAGGUUCAUGAGGAGAAGCAGCAGAACAUCACAGUGGAGGUGGAGCUGACUCAGGCUCCUAGGACCCCUGAACUGACACAGGGGUCUGAAGUGGUCUCCCCUGCCCCGCCCUCUGCCAGCCAACCCUCCUCCACCCUCCCCCCU